CAAAGGCUAAAGACGUUCUGACAAAGAUGACUGAGGCCGAUGACGUGGAGGCCUACCUCCACACCUUCGAGCGGGUGGCCGAGCGCGAGUUAUGGGACCCCCGGGAGAUGGCCGACACCCUCGCUCCCUUCCUCACCGGCAAGGCCCAACAAGCGUACCAAGACCUGGGGGCAGCAGAAGCCCAAGACUACCACAGGCUAAAAAGGGAGAUACUAGCCAGAGCCGGUGUAUCCCCCACAUCCGCCGGACAACAGGUCGCCACCUGGGCCUACCAACCGGGGGUCAACGCGCGCAGCCAGAUGGCGUCACUUCGGAGGCUAGUUACCCGUUGGCUCCAACCCGAAAGCCUGUCUGUGGGGCAGAUCCUCGACCGGGUCGCCAUGGAUCGGUUCCUCCGGGCGUUGCCAUAUGAGGCGAAGAAGCUGGCUGGGCAGCAUGCUCCACAGAGCCCGGAAGAGCUGGUGGAACUGGUGGAGCGAGUCGAAGCCACGCAGGAGAUGCUGAAGGCAGGAUCGACCGAGCGCCCCCUCUUCCGUCCCCGGACUGGAGGUGACCGGAAGCCGACCCCACCAGACUCGGCCCAGGCCCGGGGUCCAGGCGACCACGGCGGAUAUGCGUGGACGUCCCACUUCCCGUUUCCGUCUGGAAGGGGAGGGAAAAUGCCCACCCUGCUGCCCACCUCUGGAAAAUCGCCCUCUGAUGUGUCCAUGCCCACCGACCCGGCCCCCACUCCAGCUCGCUUGCCCCAUGGACGGAGUUGCUUGGCUGCGGAGCAAUUAGAAGCCCACCAGGUGACCCCGCCCCUCCGCUGGCCGGUGACCAUUGGUGGACAACCCUGGGAGGCCCUUCUCGACUCCGGGAGCGCAGUCACCCUGAUCCAACCCCGGGUGCUCUCCAGCAGUCACGCCACGUCCUCUGGAAAGCUGUCUCUCACCUGCGUCCAUGGAGACGUACACCAGGUUCCGGCAGUUGGCUUGGACGUGCAGAGCGACAGAGGCUGCUGGGCAGUCACGGCCGGUCUGGUGCCAGAACUCCCCGUCCCUCUACUACUCGGCCGUAAUUACCCUGGCUUCGACGCCCUGUACCAGGCCGCCAGAACCGUCCAGAGGGGGGGCAGAAGAGCCCGACGGAAGGGAACCGGAUCAGGGUCCCGACGAGCCAAACCCCGAGUCCGUCCAUCAGGCCAACCCUAUGCCGCCUGGCUCGGGGAACGGGUUGGAGUAGGCGAGGCCGCAGAAGAAGCGGAUGGGGAAGGUGAGCCCUUACUUCCUGUAACUUUGUCCAAUCUCCCUCCCCAGGCACAACGUAAAGGACAGUUCGGCACCGCGCAGGUCCAGGAUGACCGGUUGCGCCACUGCUGGAGCCAGGUUCGGGUCCUUGAAGGGGUAAAGAGGGGAGAAGGACCCCUGGAAGCAAACUACUUUUCAGUGCAACAGGGACUGUUGCACUACCACACCACGAGAAGGGGAGAAGUCCGGGAGCUGUUGGUCCUACCCCACCAGUACGUGGCCACCGUCCUACAGCUGGCCCACACACACAUCCUGGGAGCUCACCUGGGCAUGCAGAAGACCCUAGAGCGUGUGGCAGACCGCUUCCACUGGCCAGGAAUGCGCAGAGCGGUGGAGGAUUACUGCCGCAGUUGCGAGGUGUGCCAACGCACCUCCCCGGUAAGGCCACCACCCGCUCCUCUAAUCCCUCUCCCCAUCAUAGAGACCCCCUUCGAAAGGAUCGGCCUGGACCUGGUCGGACCCCUGCCAAAGUCAGCCCGGGGACACAACUACAUCCUGGUCAUCCUGGACUAUGCCACUCGCUAUCCAGAAGCCGUGCCGCUCCGCGUCGCCACCUCCAAGGCCAUUGCUCGCGAGCUGGUGCACCUCGUCAGCCGGGUCGGCAUACCAAAGGAAAUCCUUACGGACCAGGGCACCCCGUUUAUGUCCAAGGUAAUGGCAGACACAUGUCACCUGCUGCGAGUACAACAUCUCCGUACGUCGGUGUAUCACCCGCAAACGGAUGGGCUGGUCGAGCGGUUCAACCAGACGUUGAAGCGGAUGCUCCGGAAGAUAGUCGCUGCUGACGGCAAGGACUGGGACCAGGUCCUGCCGUAUGUGCUCUUUGCCAUUCGGGAGGUGCCCCAGGCUUCCACUGGCUUCUCCCCUUUUGAGCUGCUGUAUGGGCGGCGGCCGAGGGGACUCCUGGACCUCGCCAAAGAAGCCUGGGAGGAACAGCCAUCGCCGCACCCUUAUCCGACCUCACCCGAAAAGGGUCUCCGGAGAAACUGCUGUGGGGCCCUGAGCAGGAGAGGGCAUUCCAGGACCUGAAGGCCGCCCUGUGCUCGGACCCGGUCCUCCAUACCCCGGACUUCGACCGGCCCUUCCUGGUCCA